AUGCCUCUCAGUCAAGUGUGGGACGUAAUUCGCGAAGGUCAACGUACACAUACCCCAACGGGAAAGCUCACCGACCGUGUAAUCGAAGUUUUUCGUGAUAUCUGGUAUCUUGGCUUCACAGCGUUUGGAGGACCUCCAGCGCAUUUUCAGAUCUUUCACAAAAAGUUCGUCGAAGAAAGAAACGGUAGAACACCAUGGAUCAGCGAACAGACGUACCAGGAACUUUUUGCCCUUUCUCAGGCUCUACCAGGUCCGGCAAGCACAAAAUUUCUCUUUGGUAUAGUCCUCAUUCAUGCUGGAUGGAUUACAGCAAUUUUUGCCUUUUUGAUCUGGUCUCUGCCAGGGGCAUUGGGCAUGUUUGCUCUGUCGCUUGGCGUAAACAACAUCUCGGAAACACUUCCUGACACAGCCUAUGCUUUCCUGUCUGGUCUUAAUGCCUCCACCGUCGGUAUUGUUGCUGUUGCGGCAGUUGGACUUGCAGAGAAGUGUAUCAAAGAUCCACUUUCACGGAUACUGGUCAUUUUCGGAGCAUGUGCAGGAUUAUGUUACAGCGCGUUGUGGUACUACCCUGUCAUUAUAGUCAUCGGGGGUGCGGUGACCGUAACCUGGGAUAUGUGGCUUGGAAGACAGGUAAGACUUUACCAACAGCGAUGGUCAGCAAAGAAGAGACGGGCAGCAGAUGAUGCAGCAAUAGCAGAACACGAAGCAGGAAGAACUGUUUCAUCUGGGUCAAACUCGCGACUUCCUGAAAAUGCCGCAUCGAUUGAGCUUCAAGAACCUGCGAAGGCAAUUCACGCUAAGAACGAUAGUGCUGUCGUCCAACGUAGACAGCCUGAUCAAGGUGCAACCCAGUCCAGUGCCAGCGCAGCAGAAGCAGCAGCCUCACGAGUACCUCCAGAGUCCAUGCAAUCUCAGCCCAGUAGACCAGAGGCACCCAUUUACGGAGUUUCCAUUCGCUCAGGUGUAAUCGUCUUCGUCCUUUUUGUGCUCUCUUUCAUCGGCAUUAUGGUCGCACGAUCUGAAGUUCCCGGUGAUCUCAACAACCGGCCUAUUCAGAUCUUUGCGAACAUGUACUUGGCUGGGACCAUCAUUUUCGGUGGUGGCCCUGUAGUCAUUCCACUACUCCGAGAGUAUGUGGUCACACCAGGAUGGGUUUCACCUCGUGAUUUCCUGAUCGGACUGGCUAUCAUCCAGGCUUUUCCAGGUCCAAACUUCAACUUCGCGGUCUAUUUAGGUGGUCUAGCUCUGGUGUCAGCACAACAAUAUGGCACAGUCGGCGCGACAGUAUUCGGAGCAUUUCUCGGCUAUCUUGGCAUCUUCCUUCCUGGUAUGGCGUUUGCCUAUGCCAUACAGGGAGUUUGGCGCAAGUUGCGAGAUCGAGCUCUCUUCAUCUCUUUGCUCAGAGGUAUUAAUGCAACAGCAGUUGGACUAGUCUUCACGGCUGUCUACAGGCUUUGGGAGGUUGGCUAUCUGACUAACGCUUCUACGUCUAGCGAUUCUGCAAUUCAGGGAGGAAGAGUUAGUGGCCGAAGUCUUGCUGAUGAACCUUGGUUUGUUGUGAUUGCUGUAUUGACUUAUGCCGGCAACAAAUGGUUCAAUGUUCCUGCUGCCAUUGGCAUUGCAGCUGGUGGCAUCCUUGGAAUUGCGUGGUGGGGAGCCACCCAGCGCUGA